UUCUGUUUGAAAAGGAACUGCAUAUUGGUAUUGCAAAUUGCUGAGUAAUCAAACUGUUAUUCUGCAUUGUCUGGUAAAGCGUAACACAACAUCUGUACUUUUAUUACCAGUUAAAGGUUACAGUUAUAGAGUAGGAAAUUCAGUAACAAGCUAAAUUUGACGCCAGGUAACUCUUUAAAAAAAAAAAAAAAAAAAGAUGGCACAUGCCUCAGGCCGUGCAUCUUACAGAACAGAACACUGGACGACAGGAUGGACAUGAGCUGGCAAUCAGUGCAUGCAGCUGCAAGGGAUGGUCCGAAGUUUCAUCUGCCUCAUGACCAUUGUAAGGACAGAGACUGACACCCUAAAAAAGAACCCCCCCAACACAUGGACCCUGACCCGGACUGAGCUGGGAUGUCUGCCAGGUUUCACCCGCGGGUGUGACCAGGAACUGGUCCCAUGGGAACCCGUGCAGGAACAAUGGGACGUCACGGUGGACUGACUGUGCUCACUGCCAGACUGGUGUGUCCUGUACCUUUGCUGUACCUUUGCCAUACCUGUCCAGAUCUCCCCCACCUUUUGGCCAGCUGUGUGUUGCUCUGAAAAGACUGUAAGAAGCCCCCACAAGUUUGCCAAGACUCUGAGAUCUCCCUGAUGGAAGAAGACAGAUCUAUUGGCAGAGGACCACGAGGAUUUCGUCUCUCCAUUGCUAGCUAUUUCCCCCCCCUUCUUUUUCUCUCUAUCCUUUGUUUCUUUUUUCCUCUUCAUCGCAUACUGAUGUUGUUGGCGCUCAAUAAAAGUGCACUGCUGAUGUGAUCUAUUUGAAGUCCCCUUGUGUGUCUUUUGCACUUUGAGAUUAAAAACGAACCAUCACGAUCUUAGCCUGUGUUGGUUCGAUCAUGGCACAGCCCAGAAAGGCAGACGCGUCCCGGGCUGCAGGGGAGGGCGGAUUCUGCCCCACCCAGGCGAGACCUCACCCUCAGAGCUGCCUCCAGGCCUGGGGGCUCAGCACAGGAAGGUUGUGGAGCUGCUGGAGUGAGGCCGGAGGAGGCCACCAAGUUGAUGAGAGGGGUGGAGCAGCUCUGCUGUGAAGAAAGGCUGACAGAACUGAGGAUUGUUCAGCCAGGAGAAGACAAGCUUCGGGUGUGCCGGUCAAAUAAAAGUCCCUGGGUCUGUCUGACGUGUUCAAGUGUCCAUUGUGGAAGAUAUGUGAAUGGCCAUGCAAAAAAGCAUUAUGAAGAUGCACAGAUUCCUGUGACCAAUCAUAAGAAAACAGAAAAACAGGAUAAAGUUCAGCAUACUGUGUGUAUGGAUUGCAGUAGUUACAGUACAUACUGUUACCGCUGUGAUGAUUUUGUAGUCAAUGAUACCAAGCUGGGCCUGGUACAGAAGGUCAGAGAGCACCUACAGAACUUGGAAAAUUCAGCCUUUACAUCAGACAGACAUAGGAAAAGAAAACUAUUGGAAAAUUCAUCUCUGAACAGCAAAUUAUUGAAAGUAAAUGGAAGCACCACUGUCCUUUGUGCCACGGGCCUUCGGAACUUGGGGAACACUUGUUUCAUGAAUGCAAUCCUUCAGUCACUCAGUAACAUUCAGCAGUUUUGCUGUUACUUCAAAGAGUUGCCUGCGGUGGAGCUGAGGAAUGGGAAAACGGCAGGGCGGCGAACUUACCACACCAGGAGCCAGGGGGAUAACAACGUUUCACUUGUGGAAGAAUUCAGAAAGACACUCUGUGCUUUAUGGCAAGGAAGCCAAACUGCGUUUAGUCCAGAGUCUUUAUUUUACGUUGUUUGGAAAAUAAUGCCAAAUUUUAGGGGAUACCAGCAACAGGAUGCCCAUGAGUUCAUGCGUUACCUUUUGGACCAUCUACACCUGGAACUUCAGGGUGGCUUCAAUGGUGUUUCACGUUCAGUAAUCUUGCAAGAAAGUUCUAACCUGUCUGCAAGCAACAAAUGUUGCAUAAAUGGAGCGUCUACGGUUGUCACCACCAUUUUUGGAGGCAUUCUUCAAAAUGAAGUCAACUGCCUAAUAUGUGGGACUGAAUCUAGAAAGUUUGACCCAUUCCUAGACCUUUCGCUAGAUAUUCCAAGUCAGUUCAGAAAUAAACGUACUAAAAACCAAGAGAGUGGACCAAUGUGCACGCUACGAGAUUGUCUUCGCAGUUUUACAGACCUGGAAGAACUUGAUGAGACAGAGCUAUACAUGUGUCACAAAUGCAAAAAGAAACAGAAGUCCACCAAAAAAUUCUGGAUUCAGAAACUACCAAAGGUGCUAUGCUUACACUUGAAACGCUUUCACUGGACAGCAUAUCUGAGAAACAAAGUUGAUACUUAUGUUGAGUUUCCCUUGCGAGGCCUAGACAUGAAAUGCUACUUGUUAGAGCCUGAAAACAGUGGCCCAGAGAGCUGCCUGUAUGACCUCGUGGCUGUGGUUGUCCAUCAUGGCUCAGGCGUUGGCUCUGGCCACUACACGGCGUACGCGGCGCACGAGGGCCGCUGGUUCCACUUCAACGACAGUACUGUAACCCUGACCGACGAGGAGACCGUGGGCAAGGCCAAGGCCUACAUCCUCUUCUACGUGGAGCGCCAAGCCAAGGCCGGAGCAGAGAAACUUUAAUACCUCCUUUGCAUUCUUACUUAUCAACCACCGGACAAACAUUUCCAUUUCUCCAUAAAUACUUGAUCCAAGACUUAUUAAUUUCAUUGUGCACUUUGCAAUUUCCUCUUGUGGGUUUUUGUUUUGUUGUGUCAAUGGUAGCAUUUGACUUACUGAACUUGGACACAAACUAACUUUUUUUUAGUUAUACCAGAAAACCUCAGCAGAUUUUGAUUUGCUGCUUUAGUUGUGAUAACUCAAUUUUUAUAUAUAUAGUUUCAUGAAAUAGUUACUUGACUUUUUUAUAUUAAUGUUUUUAGUUCUCACUUUCUAAAGGCACAUUUACAUCAAAAAAACUCUCUCCUCCUUUCAAGCAAGAUAAAUGUGCUUUUGAUCCUGAAGAGCAAUACAACUGUUAUGUAGGUAUGAUUCAAUCUCUUUAAAUCAAGGAAUUGUUUGCACGUACUAUUUUCCCUCGUGCAAGAAACUUAAACAGUGCCCUCUGACCAGUGCUAUUUGUCUGCAGAACAGAGGUGAUGUGGCAUCGUUAAAUAGACCAGGUAAUUGCUGCUAUAUUGGUGUAUAUACAGGCCGGUGAAUUUCAGGAAUCGUUGUAAAUAAAGAGUUGGUCCAAUUGUAUCGAUACUGCAAUUUAAUUCAAGUACUGCUUAGAUAUGCUCUGCCCCCUACCCCUGCAAAUUUGAAACAAUUACCUUCUAAUUACCUGUCUAAAUUACGUAUAGCUUUAUGGUUUUUUUAACUGAAUCUGAAUUGUAUUAGACAUCUCUUGGUUUAGACUGUCAUCUUGAAAUUUGAUCAUGAACACUUACGUGCUUGAAAAUUGGGGUGACUUCCUGGUAGUAGAAUCCCAAGUUUGUCCUUAGUUCCUGGUGGGAAUUGGAAGUACAGCCCCAAGGGCUGGGGUUUGUGAGAAAGGCGUAGGUCUAAAUGCAGCUCUGCUCCGUGGCUACAGUUCACUUGGAAGCAGGAGACAGAUGGUGUUGCAGGUGCUUUGCAUGGAAUUUUUCUAUCAGGGAAGAUUCCCAGUAUCUCACAGCAGAGCCCUCAGAGGGGAGGUGCCUGUGACUGGCGCAGGCUUAAGGAGCCUGAGCUCGGGGAGCUCCUUUGGCAUUUACACGGUGGCCCAGGGUGGUUUUUUGUCCAGUCUGUAGAUGAACACCUGAGGCAUGGUGCAGUUUCUAAAACCUGGCUAUGUCAUGGAGAAAUACUAUGCUAAAAUAACCCAAAGCAGUUUUAGCUCUACUGCUGAUGAGUGAAGUCAGCUACUAUUGGGAAAGGCAGACAGGAAGACCACUACUGCAAAAGCCAGGACUCUGACAGAAAACAUGAAAAUUGAGAAAUGUUACAUUUCAGAUCUGUUCCCUCAGUCUGUCCUUUCUAGCUUUGGCUAGACCUUGUGCCAAACAAAGAACUGGACACUCCUUAAAGCUCAUUAAGAGAAUACAGUUCGUGGAGAGUUCCACCAGCAAACAGCAGCUCUUAGUUGUGUUAACAGAGAAUGCAGUUGUCUGAAAACACACAAGAACUCCAGCUGUGAGUCCUAUUUUAGUUAAUUGAGGGGGCUGGAGUGGAGCCCAGAGCAGCCUGCAGUACAGGGAGUGCACAGUAGGGCCUUGCCCUGGGGUACACAGGCCAGGGGAAGGACAAAUCACAGUCAGGUGUUUGGUACAGGGCCUUUCUUGAGAUCUUGGUCUCAACCAGGAAAGGGCAAAAGGGAAAAAUUGGCUUAAUCUAAAACUGCAGAAAUCGUUCAGCAUAGCUAAUGGGUUUUGAAUAUGUGCACAGGUUUAGACUAUAGAGUAAUUUGAUGCAGUGACAUAUUUUAUAAGGAUGUUGUCUUCUAUUUAAGUUGAACAAUAAAUACGACUUGUAAUUGCUUUAAGCUGUAACUAGUUUGUCACCUUCCCUUCCUUACACGCAGAGCCUUUCUUCUAAUAAAGAGAAUAGGUUGCUGAUAUUUACACGAGCAGAAAAUGGGAAAGGGAAAGCAUCGUACCACAUCCCUGCUCUUCCUGCUGCUCACAGGGAGCUGUGCAGAUGCCACCUCUAGCUGUGUUUUCUCUGCAUGCUGCUUGCACAGGAUUUCUUUAGAAUUUACCUUUGAGACUGCCAAGCUUAAAAUACACAACCAUCUCUGGGCCAGCAGCAGUUGAACUUAGAAUAGUCAGGUGUAUGCAGUGUUCUUGCAAAACAAUGAUGUAAAUGUGCCUUUCUGUAUUUUUAGAAAUUUAAAUAAUCUUCAGCAACAUUCACUUAUUUUAAUCAACUUCUACGUGUCAGCAAUUGUUUGAGUCAGAGUUAUAUUCUCGGUUGAGCAUUUUCUUUCAGUCCCAUUUGCUGUUUCCCACACAGCUCCUGGGUAGUGGUGUGGCCAGCCUGGGAACACAAUGCAAUCACAGCAGGCUGUCCUUGGAGCAGGUGCUGCUCAGGACCCAGCCAUAUGCUUUGCUGGAACAAGUACAUUGUAAAUCCUUUCCUAAUUUAACUUUCUCCCACUGCAAACCCUGAUGGACAGUAUGAACAGUUUGUUGUGGCAACACAAGUAUUUCUCUUCCUGGUGGAGAACUUUGCUUAUCCACUGUAUUCUAUUCAGUGUGGUGUCUGAAAAAAAAAAAAAAGUAACUGAGCACUGAACCAGUAACAUAUACUGCACCUGGCCUAGUAUUACCUUUUUAACUUAGCUUGUAUAGCCUAUAUUUAUCUACUAGUGGGGGGGGGAAUAUCUCUUUCAUUUAAGCCAAAUGUUUCUUUUCUACUUAACUGCUCAUCAUAGUACACACUAGCUGGCAAGAAUUUUUUUUCUUGCUUGACACUGCUCUGCAAGCAGAAACUGUUCUCUACAGUUCAAGGACUUGCAUCUUUUUCGCCAAAAUGUGUCCAAUCAAAGGCUGUCCUUUUCUUAGUGAUUGUUUAGCCACGUAUACAACUGGAGCCAAGAUUUAUGUCAAUCAAAACUGCAAAAUGUCCAGCUCCUAAAUGUCAGCAAGAGAGGAGAGUUUAAAAGUUUGAGGCAGGUAGAGACAGUGGACUUGUAUCAAAAGCCAGGAGGCCAUUUAUGAAGAUUUUACUAAAUCAAUGGGAAGUGUAACACGUGAUGUUCAGAAGUUCCCCGGCAAUGUUUCAUUACUGAUGUGUCUGUGUCCUACUGAUGCGGUAAUGGGCACCUUGACAGCCAAUUCCAACGUGCUUUAGGAUAUUCUGAAGUACUGUAGUGCCAUAGUUGUAACUGUUUACCAUUAAAAUCUUGUGUGUAAUUUUCAUUGAGGAUUACUGACUGUGCUCAUCUUGUGUGUUCUGGAGCAUUUCCAGGAUGAAUGGGAAUUAUAGCUUAUCGCACUGUGUUUAUGGAAAAUGUGCCAUUAAAGUGUCUCCUUUCCUUAGAAAAUAAAACCUCUCUUGCCCUUCUA